AUGUCGUACCUGGCUGGCGGCAUGGCAAUCUCCAUUCGCGGACGCCAAGCGAGUCGCAGAGAGGCUCCAAUUCUCGUGGUAGCACCACACUCGUCAUUCCUCGAUAGCUGUAUCGUGUAUGCUACCAGAAUGUCCUCGGUUAUCGUGAGGAAAGAGAGCAUGGACAAUUAUGUUGGAAAAUUAAUAAACUACACCCAGCCGGUAUAUGUGUGGCGUGAUGAUCCCAACUCUCGACAGAACACAAUCAAGGAAAUAAUUGAAAGAGCGACAUCUAAGGAGGAUUGGCCCCAGGUGCUAAUCUUUCCCGAAGGAACAUGCACGAACCGAUCAUGCCUGAUAACCUUCAAGCCUGGAGGUUUCUACCCAGGUGUUCCCGUUCAACCCGUCACCAUUCGAUACCCCAACGCUAAAGAUACGGUUACUUGGACCUGGGAGGGACCUGGCGCAUUAAAACUCCUCUGGCUGACAUUGACACAAGUACACAGCUCGUGUGAGAUAGAGUUUCUCCCUGUCUACUAUCCUAACGAAGAAGAGAAGAGGAACCCUAAACUCUUCGCCAGGAACGUUAGAGAUGUCAUGGCCAAAGCUCUCGGAGUACCAGUACUGGACUAUACGUAUGAUGACUGCCGACUGAUAGCAAAGGCCAAACAACUGGGCAUUCCCGGAGGCGCUUCUAUUCGGGAAGUCGCCGAAUUGAGGGCCCAGCUUAAGCUGGACGUCACUAACUACGAAGUGGACCUAAUAGAAACAGGUCUGCAGGGCUCUCCUCGCUGGCUGACCCUGGAGCAGUUCGCCUUGAAGAUGGAUGUGCUCAUCACCGUGCCUUGCUCUCGGCUUUACAAGAUAUUUGUGCAGCAACCCAUAAACUUGAUGUACUUCCCUGACUACCUCCUAGCGACGCUUUUCAUCUUGUAUCAGCACGAACCACUUUCUCUGUUAAUUGCCUAUGGAUUUAAGAUUUUCGAUGGCUCUGGUAUGGGGAGAUUAGAUCUCACAAGCUUCGAAGAGUUAGCGGCUCGAACUCUCAAUCUUGGACCGGAGGACGCUCACAAUCUCUUCAGAGGAGCUGACGUCGAGAAGAAGGAAUAUAUCACAUAUGAUGAAUUCGUGGCCUACGGAAUGAAGAAGCCGGAGCUGAGCUUCGUGUUCACCAGAGACGGGUCUCAAAAGGUGAAAGUCCAAUGA